CCACACUUAAGCACGACAUUGCCCUCAAUGGAGCAGAGGGAUAGAGAAGGGGAACGAUGUUACCGGAUUGAAAUGCUGCGGGGGACUGGAAGUGGACCAAUUAGCGUGGGACACAUGGAACGAACGGACAGUUAUGCACUAAGGGAACAUCAAGAACACACUAGCACAUGUUCGUUAGGGAUCAGAGUUGGCCCAGAUGGCCACAAAAGAAACAAUCCUCAAAAGAAAAGAAACAAAACAUACGACAAACUCAGUUCAAGCUCCUCAAACACAUGGAGCAAACGGAAAAAGUCUAAAACAAAAAAAAACACACACUGAGGGGCGACAAGUACAGCCUACUCGUCGCCAAGGUUGUCCAGAUCGAUGUCAUUCAUGAAUGCAUCAUCGUCAUCAGCUGGUGGAGGUGGAAGUGGAGAGUCCUCCCAGGGAGUCCUCCAGACUGGUUGCUCGCCCGGUAGCAGCUGGAGCAGAUGCCCCUGGACCUCCUACAUGCGCCUAGCUCGGGCCUGCUCCCUCUCGAUGCGCGCCAAGGCUAUCCCCUGCUGGGUCUCCAUCCUGUCCAGGCGCUCAUCAUACGCGGCCAUCCGGGACUGGUACUCGGCAUGGUGUGCCGAAUACUGCUGCUGAUGGAGUCAGAGGAAGAAGGAACAAGGGAAGGUGAAGAUGGAGUAAAGAGAGAUUGUAGGUGUAAGAAAAAUUGAUCGUGGGG